AUGUGGUUCUGGUCGCGAAGCCAGGAUAUUUGUGUCACGGCAUGGAGGGCAGUUCAAAAGUUCAGCAGGACCAUGGGUCUCCCAAUCGGUGACAAGGCUGGUGGUGCCCAUAUCACAGCUGAAGAUCAGCCCAUGACCACCAUCAAUCCGAAAUUGCCAGAUGGGAGAACCAAGUGGGGGAUGCUGUAUCUGAAUCCAGAAUCAUGUCGUUUUGAUAUCGAUUUAGAGAUGGUAGAUGGUCACAUCGACCAGUUGAAACGCCAGCUCCAGGAUAAAGAAGCAAGCAUCUUCAGUUGGAUCCAGGCAUGGAUGCAUUCGCUUCAACCAUCUUUACCUAUAACUUUGGUUCACCCGCAAAUCGCUUCGGCCAGCUGCAUGUCGACAUUCAAGCUGUUUCUUAUGCACAACUGCGCUUUUUGA